GGGCAGUCAAGAUGGCCGCGCGCUGGAGCAGCGAGAAUGUGGUGGUGGAGUUCCGGGACUCGCAGGCAACAGCAAUGUCAGUAGACUGUCUCGGGCAGCAUGCAGUGCUUUCUGGGCGCCGCUUCCUCUACAUUGUUAGCCUGGAUGCACCUGCUGAUGGCCACCGCAAGAUUUCCCGCCAGAGUAAGUGGGACGUUGGGGCUGUGCAGUGGAAUCCCCAUGAGAGCCAUGCACACUACUUUGCUGCAUCGAGCAACCAACGUGUUGACCUGUAUAAGUGGAAGGACGGUAAUGGGGAAAUUGGCACUUCCUUGCAAGGACACACGCGUGUCAUCAGUGAUUUGGACUGGGCGGUGUUUGAGUCAGAUCUACUGGUUACCAGUUCAGUUGACACAUACAUCUACAUCUGGGACAUCAAAGACACACGAAAGCCUACUGUCUCCCUCUCUGCCGUUGCUGGAGCCUCCCAAGUAAAAUGGAAUAAGAAAAAUGCCAACUGUUUGGCAACCAGCCAUGAUGGGGAUGUGCGCAUUUGGGACAAAAGGAAACCAAGCACUGCUGUGGAGUAUCUGGCAGCACAUCUCUCUAAAAUCCACGGCCUGGAUUGGCACCCAGACAAUGAAAACAUUUUGGCCACAUCCAGUCAGGACAACUCGGUCAGGUUCUGGGAUUACCGACAGCCCCGAAAAUACCUCAACAUUCUGGCCUGUCAGGUUCCGGUUUGGAAAGCUAGAUAUACGCCUUUUAGCAAUGGGCUGGUGACAGUGAUGGUGCCCCAACUCCGAAGAGAGAACAGUCUCCUUCUUUGGGACGUCUUUGAUCUCAACACACCAGUUCACACCUUUGUAGGACAUGAUGACGUCGUGCUAGAAUUCCAGUGGCGGAAACAGAAGGAAGGGUCAAAGGACUAUCAGCUGGUCACCUGGUCUCGAGAUCAGACCCUUCGGAUGUGGCGAGUCGAUUGUCAACUACAGCGGUUAUGCUCCAGUGACCUCUUGGAGGGGGUGGAGGAGCUGAUCGAUGGGAUUUCCCUCCUGCCAGAGGCAGAGAAGGCCCUGCCAGUCCAAGAUACUGAGCCCCAGCAGAACUUCACCCAUGGAGAGGAGGAAGUUUUAAAAGAAGAUUCACAGAAAGGCUUCCUGGUGGGAAAGAAGCUAGACCAGCUGGGGCUGCCUCAAACCUUACAGCAGGAGUUCUCUCUGAUCAACGUUCAAAUCCGCAAUGUAAAUAUGGAGAUGGAUGCUGUCAAUCGGAGCUGCACGGUCUCGGUGCACUGCAGCAACCAUAGGGUGAAGAUGUUGGUGAUGUUCCCUGCACAGUAUCCUAACAAUGCUGCCCCCUCUUUCCAGUUUGUCAACCAGACCACCAUUCCUUCCACCAUGAAGGCCAAGCUGUUGAAGAUCUUGAAGGAUACCUCCAUGCAGAAAGUGAAACGCAAUCAGUGCUGCCUAGAGCCAUGUCUACGCCAGCUGGUCUCCUGCCUGGAGUCUGUUGUGAACCAAGAGGAUAGCUCCUCCAGUGACCCCUACGCACUCCCAAAUUCCGUAACGCCACCUUUGCCAACCUUUCCGAGGGUCUCGAAUGCCUACGGCUCCUAUCAGGAUUCCAAUAUCCCAUUUCCACGUACCUCUGGAGCGAGGUUCUGUGGGGCAGGGUACCUGGUAUACUUCACCAGACCGAUGACAAUGCACCGCACGGUCUCACCUACUGAACCAACACCCCGAUCCUUGUCGGCCCUCUCGGCCUACCACAGUGGCCUCAUCACUCCCAUGAAGAUCCGUACAGAGAGCCCUGGCAACCUGCGGUUGUAUGGUGGGAGUCCCACGCGUAGUGAAAAGGAGCAGGUCUCCAUCAGUUCCUUCUACUACAAGGAGAGGCGAGCGAGCCUCUGUAAGGAAUGCCUGUGGGUGAUCCUGUCAUCUCUUUUAUCUGGAGGAGAUUCUGAAGAGCUGAACCAACCUCUGAUUGCCGUGGGCAUCAGCUCCAUAAAGAAAUGGCACCAUAUUCAAUCCACCAUUUUCCCCCAGAAGUCUUGAAGGCGAGCUGUUCUAAUACAAAUGAGGCCAAGAGAGAGUGCAGAAGUCUCUUUUGAGAACUGUGACUUGGGACUAGCUUUAGCUGAUAAUGUAAGGCCACGUUGAAGGUGGCUAAAGGUGGCUAAAGAGCAGCAGCUUUGACCAGGUCUGUGAUGCAGUGCAAAAAUCCCACCUUCUGUGAGGGAAAUGCUUAGGGGAAAGCAGUAUUUGUGAUGCUGCACUGACAGCUUACUGUACGUGUGCAGUCAGUGCACUCUGUGUUGAGCAACUGUUGGAUGCUGAAGGAACCCUUCAGCUCCACGUUCUAAGCAGUACAGCCUGUAUCCUGCCAUGCAGCCGUCUGCUGGAGAACUCAGAAACAUGCCCUAGGAAGUAAUAAAGUACAGGGGAUUGCAGGAAUUGAGGAUCACCUGCAGCUCCACCCGUAUGAACUUAAGAUCCUCAAUUAACCAGCCUACUGAGACUUAGUAGCUUGUCCUUAGGCAGGUGCUAAUCAUUUAUUAUGUUCCCUGAAGCCCAUAAAAUGGCUUUGAAAUACACUUUUGCUUGCUUUUGACUGGUUCCACCUUCUAAGAUCCUUUGGAGAGAUGGCUUGGCUGGGGACCCAUGGUCCUGGAACCAUGGGUGUUCCAUCUCGUGGCCCAGUGGACAAAUUCAGAGUCAAGUUUGGCUCAAGCCACAGUGAUUAGUAAGCAGGACUAUUUAAGCAGAACUUUAUUAGGAAUGGACCCUAUCUAUGCAUUGCUUAGAAUAGGAAUGAAGAUAUUCUUGAGUUUACCAUUUAGAACUGGGAUCAUUUUUUUUAAUAUUCACGUACAAGUCUCCUAUGCAGAAUAAAGCUUGUAUAUCUAGUUGCUGGUUGAGAAAGUGGCAUCUAGGGUGGUAUAAUCUGGAAUUCCUCUACUUCAGUCGUAUGGGUCCUGUGGGUGGGCUCUCAGAGUAAUUUGCAUGUUUUUCAUACCACGUGAAAGCAGUUCACAUUGGCCUGUCAGGAGUUCUGAAUGCUUCCCUUUCUUUAUUCCUACUAAAAGCAGAGAGGAAUGCAAGGAGGUCAUACACAAACCUGCAGGAAAAGAUUGGUUUAAUCUUAGUGGCAGAGGCUCCCUAUUCUCUUUCUCAGUUCCCCUGCAGGGAAAAUUAAACCACCAGAAACAGACUUCUGGCUUGUAAUUUGGUGGAUUACAAUUCCGUCCUUUUCCCUGCUUUCCAUCGGUAGGUCUAGUCCAUAGGUUGAAAGUAAAACAGUCUGUGACCUUUCAAUUUAAAAAAGUCACCAGCAGGGCCAGGGGGCCACUUUUGUCUGUAACCUGGGGCAGUUGACUGUCAAAGGACACAUUUCUUGGGCAGCUCUUUCCAUUUUUGCUUUGUCAAAAAGGAGCAGCAGGAGCACCGGGAGGGAGUGUCUCCAGAUGGGCCAUGCUUUGAAGCUGCCCUCUUUGCGUUUCUGCAGCUUGGAGCCUCCUGAUCCUUAAAAUCAGAGUUUCUCAGCUGCGUGUUCUUUUCUUCCUUUUUCUUAUUUUCUUCAUGGCUCUCCUCCUUUCCUUCUUCCGGGCGUAACAUUCUCAUGCACAGAUGUCUCCUUGCUCUGCCAGACGGCGGUGGUCCAUACAAGCAAUUAACGACUUCCCGGUACUGUGUGCUGUCUUCCUGCCACUCUUGACUAACUCUGUCUGCUCCUCACAGGCCCAAGAAUAACUUGGCACUUGGUUGGCUUUGUGUGACCUGCAUUGGAGUGGAGGGAGGAGACUCCACGUGGGGGGACCAUGUCCGCAUAACGCUGGACUUGGAAAAGGAGGUGGAUCCUCCUGGGCCAGAAAGCUUCCUUCCACAAUAAAAAUGGCUGGUGCUUUAUUUGGAACCGUGUUCACCAGGCCAGAAAGUCAAAGUAACCUGUGGGGUUGGAAGGUGUGGUAGAGCAUUUAUCAUCUUCUGAUAAACGAGAGUUUCAUGACUGGCUGCACCUACAGUGGCGAGGCAAGCAUUUUGCGCAAAUGUUCAGAACAUGCUUUCAGUAUUCCAGAUAUAUCCACUGGGACAAAAUGUUUGCUUUUGCUUCAAGGCAGUGGUGGAAACAAGACAGUAGGGAACCAUGACUCUGGAGAAGGGCUUCCUUCUCUCCAGAGUAGGGUAUUAUGCAACUUAAAAAAAUAGUUUCUCAGGAUCUGGGCUAGUAAAGACUUAGGCUAAUAAAGAGACAGAAUGGUGGCCUGGGAACCCCUGGGUGAAACGUGAAUCCUGGCCUAAUUCAAAGAAGGUAGUAGAUGUCCAUGCGCUCUCUGCCUUUUCUCCACAUCUGCUAUUUGGAGAUACUUAUCUGCUGUACUUGAUUUAAUUGUUGUUGUUAAAGCAAUUUGCGUCCCCUAGUUGUAGUUGCAGUGCCCCUUGGGGAGAUACCUGGUGCAGCUUAGAAGCUCAAGGUGUGGCAGAAUAGGAUCUCUGGCUAUUUUAAGAGUGGGACUCCAGUGGCCGUAGAUUUCCUCAUCUCUUCCUCUGAGAAUACAUUUUGCAAAGUCUGCAAACUUGAGUCAUUCACGCAGAAUACUAAAUCCAGAACACCGUGUUCUUCAAGCUGGCCUAAAUGUUAAUGAAUGAUGUCACAUUUCUUGUAAGGGAGAGCAGUUGUGUUCAUGCAGAAUGAUAGGAAUUCUGUGCAUUUUAUUUUGCUACUUGUUUUCAGUAUAGCAGUUGCAUCCAAGCUUAUAUCCUUCUUAUAAUUGUAUUGGACAUAUUUCUUAAUUAGUCAUCAGUUCUGUGUGUAACCUAUAUAGGCACGAUUCACACAACACCCUUAAGUCUGGGUUUUCUAAAACACAGUUCAUGCAAUAUGCUAUAGCCAAACAACUAAACAGCAAGCUGAAGCACAAAGUAUGGUCCCCAGAUGAUGGCCUUGAAAUCUAGGUCCUCUUCCUCUGAGAUGUCCCUCAUGCAAGGAAUGAUAUUUCAGGGGUACAGAAUUGGCACUUCCACAGAACAUGGAGGCCAUCAACAGGUUCACAUGAACAAACAACUGUCCAAAUUGAGAAUAAUUUAAAUGUUCACUGAAAAACUGUAUGAAAGAGAAGGUGAAGGUGGAACCUAUUAGUCUGUAGCCAAUCCUGGAGGAAUCUUCAGUAAGCCUCUUGCUUCCAGUUUGAAGUGGGAUAAUCCAAGCGCUGGAGUCAUUGUCUCUCUCCCUUGGCCUGUGAGCUAUCCAAAAUAGAUAGUAGGGUAGUUAAUAGUUAGAAUUCUGUUUAUCUCCCAGGUUCCUAAGGCAGAGAGUUUCACUAUCUUUGGCUUCUGUGUGAGCUGUGAGGGAUGGAGCUGGUGCUCCUUCUCCCUACAAUGAGCUUGGGGUAGAAGUGGCAGUAAAGAACUUACGGCAGAGAUUGUUUUUCCACCCAGGUGAGCCAUCCGGAGUCCAUGUUUUCUCCAUGAAGACAGCUCAGCAGGGGGGAGAGGCCAUUAGCCAGAACUGGGAAUGAGAUGGCGGGCUGUGUCUCUUUAUCUUUUUUGUGAACCACUGAUCUUGGAGGAAGUGGCUAUGCUGGGAACAUGAACCCCACAAAGAACUGUUUGUGUAUGUUCCCCCCCCCCCAUUUUGGGGUGUUAGGAGCAUUAAGCCUUGUAGAAAUUGAAGGCAUUCAUUGCACCGCUUAACUCUUAAAACCCUUGUAAACAUCGGGAUGAGUUUUCAUUUUUGGGCUAAACUUGUUUCCUAUCAGCUGAAACCUAUCCGCUGCAGGGAGCCACCAAUGUGCUCCAGUCCAGAAAAGGUUGCCUAGAUCUUCAGUGUGAAAUUCCUUCCCCAUCCAAUCCAGCCAAGAGGCAUCCCAACAUUUCCUCUCUCUCUCGCUCCUCGAAGAAGCUGAGGACGCGGUGCGUGCCUGUAGGCAGUCCGGCUCUGCUGAUUGUGGAAAGAUCCCCUUGGUUGCCACAAAGCAGUCAGUGGCUUAUUCUUGGGCUGGCUCCAUGUCUCAAUCCAUAAUUUUGCUGCUCUGGCUGUCUCUUUCCACGAACAGUGGCGUGGGCAAACUUUUGCAGUAUGCUCGCGGAGUGCGGCUCCCGCUUGCAUCCUAUCUCACGGUGUCCCUUUCCUGAUGCUAACAAUCGCAAGGAGUCUGGUAGCACCUUUUCUACCUAACUGCUUUUCUAAAAAGGCAUAACCUUUUUAAAUAACAUUUGUUGGUCAGAAAAGGUGCCCUCAGACCCCUGAUAUUCGGCUACUGUAGACUAACACAGCUCUCCUCCUGCAACUUUCCUGAUGGCGGAAGAUGAGGCAGCUCUAGCUCUCCAGUGCUUGAUCUUCCCCUGCGCCCUUCCCACAGCCGGGUGUUAGUGCUGUUGCCCUCAGCUGGCCUGUGUAGCAGCAGCAGCUGCCCUCCACUCUUCCAUACCACGCUAGAUGCUUGUUGGCCAAUGCCACUUAUUUGCUAAAAAAUGGAUGUUUCUGCCUGUAUGAGGCCAAUAGCUUCUCAUCAAUCAAGUGACAGCUCUGUCUGCACAGCAGCUAAAAGUGCUAAACUUUAUACUGUAGAAGAGAGGCCAUUCCAGGAAUUUUAGGAUUUCAAAGGAUAUUAUUUAACUUUUAAGGAACUGCUUGGAGGAGGAAUUUUAACGGGCAAGUGGAAGGGAGAAUCUACUCCCACCAUUGCUAUGUUAUGAGGCGCUUGUGGCUUUUAUUUUUUAAAGGUUAAUGUGGCCAAUUGCAAGCACCUAAUUAAAAUGUGUUAAUAGAUGCAUUUGUUUUGAUUCCAUGGCUCUGAUUUAAAUGAAUAUUCUUAUCACUUUUAACUAAAGGCAUCUUUGAAAGUUUAUGGAAACUCAUGAAAUUUCUGAGUACCCGAUGAAUUUGCUCUGUUGAGUUGAGAGGCCACUUUAACCUCAAAUGGUUUAUUUUUAAACUUGUAGAAUUAUGUUAGAUUUGCUAAGAAUAUAGUAGCUGUGGCAGGUUUUUUUUCUAAUCUCAUCUUCCUUUUGUGGCAGACAGUCUUAAGUUAAGAAUCACCUUCCUGUCACUUAAAUAUAGAAGGGCUUGUCAGGUGGAGCAGGAAUUCAGAAUUACAAACAUAAGCAAAUAUGUGUGAUUUGCAAAAGAUGAGAUAAAUUGCAACAUUUUGCUUCAUUUUCUCUCUCUCUUUUAAGAAUAGAAUACAUACCCAGCCUGCACAUUCACAAACCAAGGGGCGUAGGUGCCUUUCUGUACAGGACUGCAGAAACAUCUAACCAAUUCCUGGCAUUGUCCACAAGGUGCAUGUGAGAAUUUCAGCUGCAUAAAUGCACAAGGAGAAGCAUAAACUCUAACCAUGGCCAAAGAUGCCAGCAUCACUUCGUAUGACUUCUUCCUCUGAGAUCAUACUGAUGGCUGAACUUCCCAUUCUUCAGAAUAGGAAACUUCUCCACAGGCCACGAAUUCCAAAUAUUUCAGCACUUUUGUAUAUAUGGGCGGAGGUGGAAGUUGCUUGGUCACAGCGUUUGAACUUUCCCCUCUAUACAUUCUUUACCAUUUUGAAAACAGCUUUGCAUGUUAAUGGUUUGUGAAAAUACAGGAACUUCAAGCUUUUAUGUGCCUGCAUAUAUUGUUCAUGUCUGCAGCAAACAUUUGUACAUCACAGAGGAAGCUGUGGGAGAUGCGCCAAGUUCUCAUCUUGAACGUAAAUAAUUUGCACAGAUAGGAAGGGCAACUAGGGAGUUUUGUUGCAAGUCUCAUAAUGGGCUUGCCUGAAAGUGUAAUCCACUCGUACCCCAAAGGUGGGAAUAAGAGGUCCCUGGCAUCCUGUUUUCAACCCCCCCCCCCAAAUAUCACAAGACCAUACUGCCAAAAUUUGAUGGCAAAACAACCAAAUCUGGGAAUAGGGCUGCAGGUCUCCCCAUCCCAAAAUGGCCUGAAAUCACCAUUUAGGGGACUGUUGUUCUGGCCCCCAUUUUGCUGACUUUUUGCAGGUUUUUAAGGGUGAGGAAUGAGAAGUCACCCAUUGCUAUCCCCAUUCUUGUCUCCCACCUCCCACCCUGCAAAAAUGAUAAUUUUGACCUGUUGGGGGAACAUGUUGACCCAUUUGGGAGAUUCAUCAUGUUAUAAGGCAUUUAUUUUCCUUCUCCUGCAAAUUAGAUGUCAAAACAUUAUGAGAUCCCACAGAGCACAUGUAGUUAUCAUCCUUCCCAUUCUGCAUGCAUUCCCCUCUCCCUUAGGGGUAUUUGGAAACUGAUCUAAUAAUGUGGGAAAUCUAGCCAAUGGGAUGAAUAAAAUGACCUGUCUUUGAAGCUAUAAGCUGUAGCCAGUUGCUUGCAACCCAGAAUAAGUAAACCCCCUUGUUCUCUGUGAUGCUGCUUCUCAUUUCUUGUGCUGGAGUGCUUCUUGCCAGCUUGUGUUGCUGCAGCCCCUGGAUUCUCAGGAAGCUCUUUUUGGCCUCUUCCUCUUUCUUUCCAUCCCUCUCUCUCGUGCACGCAAUAUACCAGCCUUUCCGAAUUAGGAAAGGUUGCAGUUAUCUCCCCUGGACAAACCUAUCCUUGGCGACUGGAAGGUUAUCCUUUCCUCCAGCCUACACAGAAAUGCUCUUAGUAUAGCACCUACGUUGCAUGGAGAAGGUCAGUCCUGGGUGUUUCCAAGGAGGGCUGGAAAAGACCCAGGUUAAGCAACCCGCUGCUAAUCAGACUGUGGUGUGACUCGGUUUAAGAUUCUUGUGUUCCUGCUUUAGCUCCCUUCCGUGCCAUUCUCUGGGCCUUCCCCCCCCCCCAACACCACAGCCCUUCCCUCUGUUUCUGCUGUUGUCGUGACUGCCUUUUCUGAAGCCUCAGUGUAGUGGCUGCUCCUGUUUGGUUAAGUAGGGCAAAAUUUGGAGAGAUCCACAGAGCUCUCCUGCCCCUGAAGAAGAUGUUGCAUUUGGACUCCCUCUCCACUCUCCCCAUCUCUAACAGAAGUUUUUCC